ACAGUGAAAUUUCCCCAAUCACACCUGACAGCUCGCUCGACGUAGUCACAUCGGUGCAGUGCACUCCCUAACUUGGACGCUUGGACACAUCAGACAUAGUUGAACGAAAAAACAGCAGAAACAAUGGCAUUCCGGUAUCUAGCGAUCGUAGCGAGCGUUCUGCUGGCCUCCAGUCUGGCGGCAGCCAGCCCAGCUAACAAGCCAGCCUUCUGGAAGGGAACGCCGAUGGACGGCAUGGUGGAGGAGAUGCGUUCGCUGUGCAGCUCCGAGAACGAUUCCGUUGCCUGCACCAAGUUCAAGAUCAUGAACUUCCUCGAUACGGUUUUCAAGAAGGAUAACUUCCAGAUCUCCGAUGAUGUUGAGGUACGCAGCAAUGGCGCGCUCGUGAGCGAAGGCCGUGCACCGGCGGGACUGGUGGAGCAGAUCGAGAACUACGUGCGCAGCCACGACGUUAACUUCAAGAUGCCGAUCGCCGGUGCCCGCGUCACCGUGUCUCCACGCAAUCUCGAGCAGGAUGAGCUGAAUGUGACGUUCAACUUCCCCACCGGCAGCGGCCGUGGCAUUGAGGCACGCAAAUCGAAGCUGAAGAAGAUCGUCAUCCCGAUCAUGGUGUUCAUCCUGCUUAAGGCUAUGACGCUCAUCCCGAUGGCUCUCGGUGUCCUUGGUCUGAAGGCGUGGAACUCGCUCCAGCUGUCGUUCUUCUCGUUCGUCGUGUCGGUCGGUCUCGCUAUCUUCCAGCUUUGCAAAAAGUUGGCCGCCGAUAGCCACCAUCCGCACAUUGCCGCCCACGGACCGUGGGAUGCGGGCCGAUCCUUCGUGCAACCUACCUUCGAUGGUCAGGAUAUUGCGUACAGUGCUCACGCUUAGACCUACAACGGAAAAUACGGACCGGAUCGAAACAUGCACUCCUCUCCCCCCGAAAGAAAGGGGACAAAUAAUUUAUUUAACUUAUUUGUAACGAAUGUACACGAGAAGACUUUGCAAAGGCACUAUGCUUUAUGCGCUCAAUAAACGAAACCCAAAUCGAAACGAAA